AUGCUGAACGAGUCCUAAGAUAUCGCAAGCAAAUUGCAAUGUUAAAUAUCAAAAGAAGUUAAUGAAGUAUUGCAGAUAGAAAAUAUUAAUCAAAAUGAAUUUGGAAUAUUCAGAACUAAGAAAGGACACCUGAUAAAAUUUGAUGAAUUCAAUGACUAUACACUUGAUUAAGAUGUUUUAGUUUACAUUGAUAAAAAAGUGAAAAGUUAAUAUGUUAUGUAACUUGAAUACGAAAAGAAUUAUGAUAUUGAAUAAUAUGUUAUAGAGGGUAGAAAUUAUGUCUACAUAAGAACUAAAUUAGUGAAUAUGUAGAAUAAAUAAGAGAUAAUAAAUUUGCAUUUAUUAAAUAUUUAUUAGCAAGGGUCUAUUAAAUAACUAAUACAGGAAACUCUGAAUGGACUUUAGUUUAGCUUCAAAUUUAAAGAUUAAUAAGAUUAUUUUGUAUAGAUCAUAUUUGCUACUUUGUUUGAAAAUGAUUUUAAGGGAACUGAACCAUAAGUAACUAAUUUAGUUUAACAAAUAUAAAAAAACUAUAUCUCAUGCAAAGUAAAUGAGUGUAAAAAGGAUAAGGAACUAUUUCACUUGCUUUAAAGUGUUUAAUUACAACAAAUUGCUCCUAAAUUUAUAAAAUAAUGUUCAUUAAAGACAUCUUAAUCUAUCCAAUAUUACAAACUAAUCAACUCAAUUUAUGCUGCCAAUAUUGAGUUGGAGAAGAAUGAAAUUAAUUUUAAUAUUGAGUUUACAUUAGAAUGCAUAAAAUUGAUAAGCUACUCUGAAGAGAGAAAUCAUAUCAUGAUGGAAUUUGAUUAAUACUUUUGCAUUGAUAAUUUGAUUUAUCAUUUUAGAUUUAGUUCAAUUCAAAAUUAAUAAAGAUUUAACUACUAUGUAAUACUCAUUUAAGUCAACAAUGAUAUCAACCAAAACUAAUUGAUAGAAGAAUUGUUUUUUAUUAUAGAGAACUUAAAAUGUUAAAAAGCUAUCUCAUAAAAUAUUCACAGUAUAGAAAAAAUGAUUUAAAUCAAUUCCUUGUUUAUUUAAUAAUAAUAAAACGAAAGCAAAGAACAAAUCAAAAUUGAAGAAAAGACUGAGAAAAAUAGAUUUAUAGAAGAAAAAGUAGAAAUUAAGAUAGAUGAAGGAAUUCAGUAAAUCAAUACUUAAUCAAAAUUAUUGUAUUCUAAUAAUAAUAAUGAAAAAUAUGAAGGAGUGCAAUUCAUAUAAAUCAAUUAAUCAUAAGGAAGCAUAGCAUAAUUAGAAAUUAAUAAAGACUUACCGUUAGAAGAAGAUUAAUAACCUAGGGAAGUAUAACAAGAGAUUGAUAUUUAACAUGUGAAUAAUGAUGAUAUCUUUGAUUAACCAUUACAAGUUGAAGAAUAAUAGCAUUAAUAAAGGCUAAAUUAAAUAGAUUAAUAUGAAAAAAAAACUUAAGAAAUCCAAGAAUCUAUUAAUUUUAAUGAUUCUAAUAACAAAUAAUAACAAGAAUAGAAAAUUGAAAGCAUAGUGUUUGAUGAAUAUAAUUAAUCAAGAAGAUAAUAGGAAAAUCUAGUAAAUUAAAAUAUAAAAAACAAUAAUCAAGAAGAACAUUUCCAGAACAAAGAUCAUAAUCAUUAACAUUAACAUUAAUAAUAAGAUGAUGUUUAAUAUGGAUAAAAAAAUCAUUAUGAUUAAUAUGAACCUCAUCAUUCCCAUCACCAUCAUCAUCAUCAUCAUAGUGACUAAUUUAGAAGUACUUAAUAUGAAGAUGAAUAAUCUUACUCUGAAUACGAAAGACCAAUCCACCAUCGUCACCAUCAUCAUCAUCACUAAUUCCAUCAUCAUAAUCAUUAAUUUGAUGAUUCAAUUUAAGAAAAUGAAGACUUCAAUCUUAGAGGCUAAGAUGUUGUUCCUAAAAGAAAUAAUUUAAGGGGUAGGAAUUUUAGAAAUGAUUCUUUGUAUAAUAAUAAUGAUCCAGAAAUAAUUGAUAAAAUAAUUAUAGAAUAUAAUUUCUCUUAAUAGGAGAAUGAAUUAUCAUAGAAUCAAUAAAGUUAAUCAAAAAAGGAUCAUAAAAAAGAAAAUCCUAUCCCAGGCCCUAAAAAAUAAUAAAUCUAAUAUGGAGAGGAUGAAUCAUAAUCAUAAUAAAAUAAUUAAAACCCUAAUAAUAAUAAUAAUAAAAAUAAGUAGAGUUCUGGUAAUCAAAAUAACAAAUAAUAAAGUAAAAGCUAAACCUAAAGCUUAUCAAAUGAUUAAGAAGAAGGGGGUAAUAAUGAAUAAGGUAAUGAUAAUUAAACAUAAAGUAAUAAAUAAAAUAAACCAAAUACUUCAUCUACUUAAAAAUAAAAUACUAAAGAUAAGGAUGAUAAGUAAUAAUAAAAGGCACCUUCAAAUAAAGCUGCAAAAACUAAUAAAAGUGGAUCCAAUUAAGAGGAGGAGGAAGCGAGCAAUUAAAAUAAUAAUGAGGAUGAUUAAAAUAAUAAAGAAAAACCAUCUUAAUCAAAAAGUAAGAAUAAUAGAGAUAAAGAUAAAGAAUAGGAAAAUUAGGAAGAAAAUGAAAAUUAGAAUAAUGAUGAAUCUACUAAUUAAUAGGAUCAAGAUUAGGAAGAGCCAGCAAAAGAAUAAGAUGAUGAAGAGCCUGCAAGAGAGCAAGAGGACGAAGAGCCAGCUAAGGAGCAAGAGGAUGAAGAACCAAAAGAAGAAUAAUAAUAAGAUGAAAAUUAAGAAGAAUAGGAGGAGACUGCCUAAGAAAAGCAAAAGGAUAAGUAAAAGUCGAAAACAACGAAAAAAUAAUCUGAAGUUAAUGAUAAAAAAAAAUAAAAAAAAAAUAAAGAAAAAGCAGAAGAUUAAGAAGAAGAAAAUAUUGAAAAUUAAAAUGAAGAGGAAUUAUAUGAUUUUAAUGGCAGAUACAUACGGAACGAUCCAUUUUAUGAACAUAGGUAGUCAAAAAGAGGAAGAGUUCCUUUUAAUUAUCCAACAAGAGAUCCAUUUUAUGAUGUGUUUGAAGAUGAUAGAUUUUGGAGAUAUGAUACCAUGAGAAGAUAAUAAGUAAGAUAUCCUUUUAAUGGAUAUCCUUAUAGACAUCGAAAAUAAUCAAUUGAUCAUUCACCCUUUCCACAUGUUAACUCUUAUUAUAAAAUGCAUCCAUAUCAGCAAUAGACUUAUCAUUGUUCACCAUGGGUUGGAAGAGACUUUUAUCCUGAUACUGGGUAUGGAAUGAGUAGAGUAACUGCUGCUUAUAAGGGUAGAUAUACAGAUCCUGAUCAAGUCUUAAGAGAUUUAACAAUUAAGUAAUAAUAAUAAAAACAAUGGAAAAAAUCUAUGUAAUAAUAUAGAGAUUAAGUUGGGUAUAAGUAUGGAGACUACGAUCUUGAUUUUUAGCCAGAUUAUUCUUAAUCAUAUGAGAAUAUUGUAUAAUAAUAUCCUGAUUAUGAUUCAACAAUUUAGGACCCAAAUUAAUUUCAACCUUAUCAGGAGGAUUAAAAAAAGACCCAUGAUUAUUUGAAUGAUCCUUAAUAUAAAUUUAGAUAGGGAAGAAAACCAUUAGUAAAAAAUGAUAGAAUAAAAACAUUUAAUCGUUAAUAAGAGGAGAAUGAUUGUUUUGUGGUUUAUGAUUAGUGCAAUUUCUAAGGAAAUAGAUUAGAUUUAUGUGGAGAAUAUCCAGACAUUCCACAAUAUAUCGAUGGAUUUAAGAUUUUCUCUUUUAUUGUCCCUGAUAAUCUAUAAAUAAGAUUUUUUCAAUCAACAGAUUUUGAAAACAAUUUUUAAAAUGUUGAAGGAACAUCUGAUUGCUUAAAAGUUCCAUAUGAAUUAGUUCCAAAUUUAAAAUAAUGA